UUGCUGACUGAAUCAAUGGACAGAAUGAAUUACACAGCAGUGUCUGAGUUUGUGUUCUUGGGACUUACUAAUUCUUGGGACAUUCAGCUUUUACUCUUUGUGUUCUCCUCUGUGUUCUACCUAGCAAGCAUGCUGGGAAAUUCCCUCAUUGUGUUUACAGUGACUUCUGACCCUCACUUGCACUCUCCCAUGUACUUCCUACUGGCCAACCUUUCCUUCAUUGACCUGGGGAUUUCCUCUGUCACUUCCCCAAAGAUGAUAUGUGACCUUUUCAAAAAACACAAAGUCAUUUCAUUCUUUGGCUGUAUCACCCAGAUGUUUUUUAUUCAUUUGAUUGGUGGUGUUGAGAUGGUGCUACUUGUAGCCAUGGCUUUUGAUAGAUAUGUUGCCAUAUGUAAGCCUCUCCAUUAUUUGAUUAUUAUGUGUCCAAGAAUGUGCACAUUACUUCUGGCUGCUGCCUGGAUCAUUGGUUUCAUUCACUCAGUGGUCCAAAUGGCUUUUGUGAUUAACUUGCCCUUCUGUGGCCCCAAUGAGCUAGAUAGUUUUUAUUGUGAUCUCCCUCGGUUCAUCAAACUUGCUUGUACAGAUACAUAUAAACUUCAAUUCAUGGUCACUGCCAACAGUGGCUUCAUGUCCUUAGGUGUCUUUCUCAUUUUGAUCAUAUCCUACAUUUUCAUCCUAGUCACUGUUCAAAAACAUUCAUCAAGUGGUUCUUCUAAGGCUCUUUCCACUCUUUCAGCUCACAUCAUUGUGGUAAUUUUCUUUUUUGGUCCAAUUAUCUUUUUCUAUGCAUGGCCAUUUAAUUCAUCACAUCUGGACAAAUUUCUUGCUAUCUUUGAUGCAAUUCUAACUCCCUUUCUGAAUCCAGUCAUCUACACACUAAGGAACAAGGAGAUGCAAUUGGCAAUGAAAAGAGUGUGCAGUCAGUUUGUGAAUUUCAGAAAAAUCUCUUAA